CAGCCCCUUGCCUUUUAUUCAAAAGAAUGAAGACCUGAAUGAUGAACACAUUUUGUUUUCUCUGAUUCGUUUGCAGGAGACAAGAGGAUUAGAAUAAGUUUAUAUGAACAUGUGUAAGCGGGCACAUUGAUUCUUUUGUUGACGCUCUACGGCGAGGGAAUGGAUCCAGUGCAAUAUCUCGACCCUACCACUUUAUUUAUUUGUGUCCUGGUUGGCGUUGGAACAUGGUUUGUUUUCCUUCGUUAUCGGUCACAUGAUUCAUCUUCUAGGAAUAAGGAAUAUACAGAAAGUUUAACUAUGGAACUUUCGGAAAAAGAAGAGGAAAUAAAAAGGUUGGAAGAGAGUGUUAAAAGGUUGGAUGUUGUGAACCAGAGUUUAACUAUGGAACUUUCGGAAAAAGAAGAGGAAAUAACAAGAACGCAUGAGGAAGAACGGACAGACCUGUAUGAAGAAGUUGAUCAGCAAGUACAAGCACAUCGAAGACUAAAACAGGAACUGGAUAAAGAGAUUAAGGCUCAUAAACGUGAGAAAGCACAGCUUUUGGAGAAGAUAAGAAGACGGGAAGAAGAAAUACGAAAAGAUAGGGAAAAUGAAAGUAGGCUAAAAAAUACCAUCAAAGUACCGACGGCGGAGUGUACUGAGCUAAGGAACAGCAAUCAUGAUGUCCGAGUUACUCUGGCAGAAAAGAAAAACAAAUUAGGAGAAGCACGACAGCAGUUAAAAGCAUUGCACGCAACAAUUGAAUCUAAAGAAAAGGCUGUGGAAGAACUCGGAGAAAAAUUAAGAGAGCAACGAAGAAUUAUAUCAGACCUGGAUUCGAAAAGGCAGGAAGAAACCAUUCAACAGCUUCAGGAUGAAAAUUCGAGAUUGCGAGAUGAAAUGUCAAAGAUAACGAAACCGAAACAAAGUUAGCUAUAUAUUUCUACUAGUAGUGCUACCACUGACGCUGAUGCUAGUACUUCUAUUAAAAGUACUUAACUGUUAGCAUGAGAUAUUCGCUUCUUUGUUUACCAGUUAGGAUCAAGUGAAUUCUAUUAUUGGUCGGGCCCAGCAUCUGUGGCUGUACGAUAUCAUAAAAAAUCCACAAUAAGCGUAACACACUUUAGAUCGAAAACUUAUGCAUAACCAUCAUUCCCUGUGUUUCAUCAUAUUUUUAGGAAUAAACCGUGAAAAAAAUUAACGGUGUCAAUUAGUAAACAGGGUAACUUAUCUCAGAUUCAAACGAUAUGACACAAAUAAAACCCUGUAACAAUAUCAAGAUAAACAUAAACAUAAUGCACCCCUCUUGCUUGUCGAAUGAUUCUCCAAAUCAGGAAAUCACUUAAUACUUUCGAUUACUUUCAUCAGAAAACAACGAGAUUAAAUUGAACGUUAUUGUUCAACUUCCUAAUAAGUGCCUCGUCUAAAUCGAUGUAUAAAAUGUCUUUAAUCGCAAAAAGUGUCCAUGGAGGAACAAGGAAUGAGAACAAGGACAACUGCUACCGCCUCUGCUGCGGUUACUGGUGCUCUUGCUAUUCAUGUUGGCAAUACUUCUGCUACUGUUAUUGCUACGUAUACCUUUAAAGUUACUACUAUUAUUAUAAUUAAUACCUGACCCGUCAUCGUCCCCAACAGUACUUCUGUUAAAACUGUCACAAUUCUGAUUCUUUCAAAUAACCAGGGGCUAUUUAUAUGCAGCGUUAAUAGUCGCAUGAAAAAAAAAAUCGCAAAUUUCAAUUAUGACUACAGUUUAUAUCUCCACUCGUAGUUGAGUAAAACUUUAAAGUAACAAAAUCUACAAACAUUAUGAUAACGUGUGGCUAGUUUGUAUUUCGAAGGGCUUUACUAGUAAGAAUCAUAUUAUAUACAUGUGUUGUUUUAUUUAAAUCCUCGUAGUGUGAAUUUUUUAUGGGAUAUACAUUAUCGAUGUCUAAUUAUCAUACAUCCUCAGCUGGUAGCAUAGUAUAUAAUUAAUCUCAUAGAGUACCUUUAAUGUUACAAGACAUCCCGCUGUAAGCCGGUGUUCGCCAUUAACCACUAUACUCGGGUUGUUUGGAUUAGACAUUUUGACCAAGUGUUUGUCAGUGUUCGCUUUAUGAAGAAUAAUAUUAUUGUCUUUUUUUAACCUUUUGACCUUCGUUUUUGUUUUUGAAUCUACAGCAAUGUCCAUAAGUACAGUUUGUUAAGCAUGUAUUAAUGUUGUCCUUUCCUGACCUUGACUGUGACCUUUUGACUUUAUUUUCUAUUUUUUGAAGUUACAGCAAUUAAAUUUGCACCUUUUGUAGAGUUUUGAAAGCAAAUACCAAUGUUGUCCAUUGAUAAAAUUGACUACGACUUUUCAACCGUUUUCAUUUUUUUCAAGCUACAACAAUUAAAAUUGGACCUUGUGUACAGAUUGGUAAACAGAUAUAAAUGUCCUUUUUACCUACUUUGUAAUUCUUUUAGCUGCAUCAAUUUAAUUUUGACCAUAUGUUCAGUUUUCAAUAUAUAGAUCCAUGUUAUCAUUGGAACCUUGACUUGACCUUUUGAAAGUUGCAGCAAAUAAAUUUGGACUAUGUGUACAGUUUUAUAAACAGAUCAAUGUUGUUCUUGGGUGAACAUGACUGUGACCUUUUAACUUAGGUUCUUUUUUUUUUGUUGGAGCCACCUUUAUAAUUUUUCGAGCAUGUGUAUAAUUAAAUAUAAAUAAUUAUAGAUCAAAAUUGACAUUGUCACGUGACUUUUUAAUACAUUUCUAAUCAGCAUUUAAAUGACAUAUGAGCUUUUCCAGGCAUUCUGAGAAUUUAAAAUACGAACCUGAUUUCCUAUCAAGAAAAGAAUCGGGUCAAACACUUGGUAAACGGGGCUUUUCAAAUAACCAAACAACACAUCUUAUAGUGUACUAACCAAACAACACAGCUUAUGAUGUAAUAACCAAACAACACAGCUGAUGAUGUAAUAACCAAACAACACAGCUGAUAGUGUGAUAACCAAACAACACAGCUUAUAGUGUAAUAACCAAACAACACAGCUUAUGGUGUAAUAACCAAACAACACAGCUUAUGGUGUAAUACCAAACAACACAGCUUAUAGUGUUAUAACCAAACAACACAGCUUAUAGUGUAAUAACCAAACAACACAGCUUAUGGUGUAAUAACCAAACAACAGAGCUUAUAGUGUAAUAACCAAACAACAAAGCUUAUGAUGUAAUAACCAAUCAACACAGCUGAUGAUGUAAUAACCAAACAACACAGCUUAUGAUGUAAUAAACAAACAAUUUAUGAUAUAUACACAAACUAAAAAAGGACAUGCAAAAAACAUGGUCUUUGCAUUAAACAUAAUACAAUCAAAGAGUUGAUAGUUUUUGUCACUUUUAUAAAAAUGAAAAAAAACUUUUAACGCAUAACUCAGUUGUGACUUAUUUCAAAGUCAUCAUUGAAUGUAUGUACAUAAACAUUUUCAGAAAAAGUGAAUAAUGACCGAAAGUAAAUAAAAUGAUUUCUGUCUAAAUAAGGCUCUAUAAACAAUGUAUAUUUUAAAAAGUUUGACUAUUCGGUUUGUUCUUGUAAUUUUCAUUUUAUUUUCGUAUAAAACCGCAAUCUUUUGACCUACAUAAGUGUCCAAGCUAAAUUUACAGCAUUUUACCGCAUGACUAAUAUAGGCCAUUGGUCGACUAUAGAAAGUAACUAGCUGGUGUCCCUCAUUCUUGAUAUCUUGGUGAGGAAAAUUGUCAUUUAAUUUUGCCAUUGAAGUUUCUUCACCAGUCAACGGCAAAGUCUUGUGCAAUCAACUAAUGAACGAGUGGUAUUGUGUCGAACCAUAAGUCGGGGAAUAUGUCUGGAGUUCUUUGUACAAGACAAAUGUUCCAGCCGUUCAGUGCG